CCGCCGCCCAGCCGCCGUUUUCGAGACUCACAGCGUCUCGUCGGGGAGCCUGGGCUCUGGGCCUGGCUGCGCCUCGGCCGCUCGCUUUCUCUCUCCGGGCCGUGGUUCUUUCAGCUCUAAAAUGGAGGACGGUGGCGUCUGCCCUGCGUACGCCACAGGGUGAUGGCAGGGCUGACGCUGCCUGCCUGGAAGCCGAGGAGCGCUGUUGCUGAACCCGGCAGCCAUUCCACUCCCUUGGGAAGCCUUCCAAAUGCUGAGGCUCCGUCGUCACCGGGUGAUUGUGAUCUGCUGCCGGGACCGAAACCGCGGGCCCAGAGUGUGAAAUGACAGUACUGUGAUCACGGCCGGAAUGUGCACUUCGUCGAAGGUGGAUCACAGUCUUGAGAAAGCAAGCGGCUGUUAUUUUCUCCGCGAACACAGGGUCCUAAUCUGGGUGGAAGAUGUCUAUGGAUGUGACGUUUCUGGGGACGGGCGCAGCAUACCCAUCUCCAACCCGGGGUGCGUCUGCCGUGGUCCUUCGGUGUGAGGGCGAGUGCUGGCUCUUUGACUGCGGAGAGGGAACACAGACACAGCUUAUGAAGAGCCAGCUCAAAGCAGGGAGAAUUACCAAGAUUUUCAUCACUCAUCUUCAUGGAGACCAUUUCUUUGGCCUUCCUGGGCUCCUCUGCACAAUCAGCCUGCAAAGCAGCUCCGUGGUUGCCAAGCAGCCUAUUGAAAUCUAUGGCCCUGUAGGACUUCGGGACUUUCUCUGGCGAACCAUGGAACUCUCUCACACGGAGUUGGUCUUCCCUUACGUGGUCCAUGAGCUGGUGCCUACAGCGGAUCAGUGUCCUACCGAAGAACUAAAGGAAUUUGCACAUGUGAAUACAGCAGACAGCCCUCCCAAAGAGGGACAAGGAAGGACUAUCCUAUUAGACUCAGAAGAAAACUCAUACCUCCUGGUUGAUGAUGAACAGUUUGUUGUAAAAGCAUUUCGCCUCUUUCACAGAAUUCCCUCUUUUGGGUUUUCAGUCGUGGAAAAGAAACGCCCAGGUAAACUCAACGCACAGAAACUAAAAGACCUUGGUGUUCCGCCAGGUCCUGCCUAUGGAAAGCUGAAAAAUGGAAUUUCUGUUGUUCUGGAAAAUGGGGUUACAGUUUUUCCCCAGGAUGUCUUAAAAAAGCCUAUCCUUGGAAGAAAAAUCUGCAUACUGGGUGACUGUUCCGGGGUUGUGGGUGAUGGAGGAGUGAAGCUGUGCUUUGAAGCAGACCUGUUGAUCCAUGAAGCGACCUUGGAUGAUGCCCAGAUGGACAAAGCAAAGGAGCACGGCCACAGCACACCACAGAUGGCAGCAACAUUUGCAAAGUUGUGCCAUGCAAAGAGGCUGGUUCUGACUCACUUCAGUCAGAGGUACAAACCAGUUGCCUUGGCCAGAGAAGGAGAAACAGAUGGCAUUGUAGAACUAAAAAAGCAAGCUGAAUCAGUGUUAGAUCUCCAAGAAGUGACUCUAGCAGAAGAUUUUAUGGUGAUUGGCAUUCCAAUCAAGAAGUAAAACCAAUGUUCCUGAACACAUGUUGACAUAUCUGUGAACUGGACCUAUUGUCAAGUUUUUUAUUUUUUGUUUUUAGUCUGAAAUUAUUUGAGCCCUAUUAAUCCUAAAAAGGAUGGAGCUGCAUUGCUGAACUGACUCAGUAGUUAGAGGGAGCAAGAUUUUUGAUAAUAAAUCAUUUUUAAAAGAA